CUAUAUUGUUUAUCUGCAGAAAAAAGUUACUUUUUAGAUUUUAGAUUAGGAAAAUGAGCUAUUAUGCGCAACAAUACGAUACAGGGGGUGGUGAUAGUUAUCAAGAACCAACUGAUACACAGAUUGAAACGACUAGCGACCCAAACCAAGCAUACUAUGACCAAUCCUACUAUUCCGAACAAUCUGGCUACGAUCAAUAUCAAAAUCAAGCUGACCCUUACGGCCAGUACAAUGCCAACGAAAGCUAUGUGGAAAACUAUGACCAACAAGAACGUGCUGCUGGAACAAGUACCAGCACCGAUUACUAUGACUAUCACACAUCACAGGCGACUGAAUACCCAAAUUACAAUAGUGCCACCAACUACCAAGCUGGUGCUGGUGGUGGUGUCGCAAGCACUUCUUACCAAAGAGGUGGAAGAGGUCAAGUGUAUCAAGCCAGAGGGAGGGGAACAGCGGUAGGAAGGGUAGCCCAAAGUUCAAGAGGUCGUGGAAGGGCACAGGGGCGUGGUGACUAUGGCAACAACCAGCAACAAUUUGGACGUGGGAAUAGAGGGCAACAUUUUGGGGUUGGGAAAAAUCAGCAACAAUAUGGGAACUCAGUUGGACAGUUUGGUCAGGCAAUUAGUAGUGGUGUUAGCAUGUCAAGCCAAAGCAAUAGGCAGUAUCAUAAUCCGAGCAGUACUAAUAAAGUUGGUGGACAGUUUGGAAUUAAGUCUCCUUUGAAAGAUAGUAAUCAAGCAGCCACAUCAAUCAGCCAAAUGUCGAAUAAGCCAAAUUCUACUGAUCAAACCCCAGGUUCAAGUACUGUAACAGAAGUUAAAGGUACAGAAGUAAAAGGUCCGGAAGUUAAAGGUGCAGAAGAUAAAGCUACAGAAGUAAUAGAAGAACCGAAGGAGGCGGAAAGUGAAUCAUCAGAUGAAGACACUGACUUCUGCAAAUACUGUAACAAGAAGUUUGACUCAUUAAAGGCGUACCAUGCUCAUACCAGAGGAAUGCAACACACAGCAUUUGUUAUGGAGGCAAAAAGAAAGAAGGGAGACAAGAAAUAUGAUAAGGAAAUAGUUGAUAAAUCUGUACUCGAGGUUCAGAUUCCAGCUCCAAGGCCACAAAAUGUUGAGGCAGAAUUUAAGGAUGAAUUUGAGGUGGAAGACAACUGGAUGGAUCUUGACAAUGACAUGAUAGAUUCCAUCCGUAUGCGCAAGAACAUCGAAGAGAGGGACCUGAAUCCAGAGCAGAUUGGAAAGAGUCACUUGCCUGAUAAUUAUUCUUGCCCGUUGUGUGAAAUUCGAUGUACAGGGGCACAGGCUUUUCGGGCUCACAUCGAUGGAAAACAGCACAAACAUAACUUGGAGCUUGCAGCGAAGGGUGUCAAGGUGAAGGCCAAGAAGAAACAGACAAGUGGAAUCAUGAUUGAAACAGAAGUGGAGGCGAAAUGCAUGAAAACAAUCCAGGAAUGCCCCCAUCCUAUACUUGGACUGGACUAUGUGACAGAGUUUCAGAAAAGUGAUCCCAAGGUGGCCCCUCGCUACGUGUGUAACCUGUGUGAGGCCAAGUGUGACGUCAGUACUAUCAUAUCACACAUCGUGGGGUCGAAGCAUAGGCUCAAUUUGUUUAAAGCUAAGCAUCCGAGCAUCUAUGAACAUUUGACCAAGUUCAACUCUAAGAAAAAGAAAUCGGAGAUAAAUGCAAACUGUGAGAUGUUUGCAAAGGAUAUUUACAAGAAGGAAGGGCGAGGUCAGGUUCGUGUGAAGAUCGAACUGGAUGUGGAUAAUGAUGAGAAAGACUUUGACAACAAUAUGAAGCGUCACGCUAUGGCCCUGGCGGAGAAGGCUAGUACACUACGAGAGAUUGACACGGAGGAGAAGACCGAGAUUGUCAUGGAGGAAUUCAGACGUAAGAAACGUCAGGAACGAUUGGAGCAAUCUGGCGAUGCGCCUCCAAGGCAUGGUCAGGUUGGAGCAGAAGACAGAGGCCAUUGGGGUCCAAAGAGGGGUCGGUUUGAACGGGAGGAUUGGGGUGACGACAAUUCACAGGAUAGCUUUUAUGAAACCAGAUAUGACCAAAACAGAGGCAGACGGUACCCUAAAGAUGAUAGGCCCAUGCACGGUCGAUAUGGCAGAGAACCAUAUCAGCCAGAUCCUUACCAAUCAUAUGACCCAUAUAGCCGAGAAGACUUCAGAGUAUCGUACCGAGAGAGGUUCGACUUCCAUCAACAUAAUGACCCAUAUUAUGAGCGGCGAAUGUUAGAUGAACGUCGAUACCUGGACAGUCUAAUGAUGGAGCGACAUCGUCUUGCUGACCCCUACGAUGAACGGAGACGUCUGGACGAUGUCAUGGCACGCAGGAAGUACCUUGACUCACUUGAGAAGGAUCGUCUAGAAGACAUGAUUGCCAGACGAGCGAGGCUGGAACAAACGGAAGAUAUCGACCUGAUAAGGCUGAGGCGCUUUGAAGAGAGGGAGCGGCAGAUCGGCCAGAGAAGUGGAGGUAUGCCUGAAGCCAGCCGAAGUCCGGGCCUAUCCAGCAACGAGAGGACGCGACUUGAAGACCAGAUGAAGAGAAGAGAGCUUAUGAAUAUACAGUCCACGGCCAAGGAUAUCAUGCAGGACCAAUCAGCCAGUCUGUCACUGAGUGGUGACCCUUCUGUUGCUAGCAGACAAAGGACUGAUGCCGCUAGGCAACUGCAAGAGGAAGCUGCCAAGAAUCCCACUGUCAACGUGUCCGAGAUAUUGCAAAGCCUGACAUCGUCAAUGAUCUCAAGUGAGGAUGACGCAGCCAUGGCCCUGCAGAUUUCCAACGCUCUCACACAGUCACUCCUCAAGUACAGGCUACACAAUGCACCCAAGGAGCUUUCAUCAAUUACUGACUCCCUGAAGGAUUACCUGCAGCCAGCUGAAAAGCCAGAGCCAUCUUCUAACAUACCAGGAUUGGGAAAUUCCUCCUCAGAUAAGAAGGUUCCAUCAUUCCUGAGACAAAAAGCCCCAACACCAAAACUAGCAUUCUCUGUGAAGAAGGACGAUAAAGUUGUGUCCGGCAGAAACGUGUUUGGUCCACCAAGUCCUUCACCGCCAAAUUCACCCACUAGCAUAAGCACUGCUGCUAGUGUUGCGACUACGGUUGUCAAUACAGCCAAUACUGAUCAGCCACAAAGAAUGUUGUUGGAAUCUAUUAGAAAACAGACAGAAUUGAUAAAACAGAAGAUUGCUGCAUCUUGUGUGGCAAGUACUGUGCCCAGUUCUCAACAGCAGACUUAUCCUCAAAGCAAGCAAUCCCAAGCAUCUACACAACCUUAUGAACCUUCAGCCAAUCAGAAACAAGCUGUAACAAGUCACAUAACCUCAGCUGCAACAUCAGCCCAUCAUUCACAAGCUUCAGGUCACAUGGCUGCAGCAUCAGCCAAUCAGACACAAGCUCUAAGUCAGGUGACUUUCUCAUCAGCCAAUCAGCAGGCAGUUCAGCAAGGUGGACCAAGUGACUAUUCCUCCUAUUAUUAUCAGCAGAACUUCCAUAUGGGGGUUCCGAAUGCUGCCCCACAAACUGCUAGCACUUCAAACCCAGUGCAAGCCCCUGGUAUGAACACCCAAAGUAUGGGAUAUAAACCUAGUCAGCAGUCUUACAGGAGAUAGAUCAAUGGUUUUAUUAUUAAAAUAAUCUUUGUAUUGUAUUGAUUGUAAAAAAAAUCAUACAUGUAUAUAUCUUAAUUUUAUGGUCGUUUUUGUGUCGCCUGAAAAGACGACAUAUAGGGGUUACUUUUGUCCGGGGUAUAUCUCCUAAACUAUUAGUGGUAUCAACUUGAAACUUCAUAUGUACAUAGAUCUAAUUGAGGGCAAGUGCAGUGCACAAGAACUGUUACUCUUGCUUCCAUAUUUUUAGAGUUUUGCCCUUUGUUAUUUUUCAUGUUUAAAGUUUUGUCCGGGGCAUAUCUUGUAGAAUAUAAGAGUUAUCAACUUGAAACUUCAUAUGUACAUAGAUCUAAUUGAGGGCAAGUGCAGUGCACAAGAACUGUUACUCUUGCUUCCAUAUUUUUAGAGUUUUGCCCUUUGUUAUUUUUCAUGCUUAAAGUUUUGUCCGGGGCAUAUCUUGUAGAAUAUAAGAGUUAUCAACUUGAAACUUCAUAUGUAGAUAGAUCUCAUGGAGGGCAAGUGCAGUGCACAAUAACAGUAACUCUUGCUUUCUUAGUUUUAAAAUUAUUGCCCUUUGUUAAUUUUCAUGCUUAAAGUUUUGUCCGGGGCAUAUCUUGAAGAAUAUAAGAGGUAUCAACUUGAAACUUCAUAGCUAGACAGAUCUCAUUGAGGGCAAGUGCAGUGCACAAUAACAGUAACUCUUGCUUUCUUAGUUUUAAAGUUAUUGCCCUUUGUUAAUUUUCAUGCUUAAAGUUUUGUCCGGGGCAUAUCUUGAAGAAUAUAAGAGGUAUCAACUUGAAACUUCAUAGCUAGAUAUAUCUCAUUGAGGGCAAGUGCAGUGCACAAUAACAGUAACUCUUGCUUUCUUAAUUUUAAAGUUAUUGCCCUUUGUUAAUUUUCAUGCUUAAAGUUUUGUCCGUGGCAUAUCUUGAAGAAUAUAAGAGGUAUCAACUUGAAACUUCAUAGCUAGAUAGAUCUCAUUGAGGGCAAGUGCAGUGCACAAGAACCGUUACUCUUGCUGCCAUAUUUUUAGAGUUAUUGCCCUUCGUUAAUUUUCUUGCUUAGGUUUUGUCCGUGGCAUAUCUCGUAAACUAUAGGAGGUUUAAACCUGAAACUUAUUCCGUAGGUAUAUCUGAUUGAGGGUUCAAAUGCCACCUACACUUGAAAGUUAAAUGGCAACAUCAUUGUCUAUAAAUGAAUAAAAUGCCAAUCUAACAGCUAUAAUGUCGACAGUAAAUAAUUCGUCAGGCGACACAUCCGACUCGCGGAGUUCUAGUAUUGAGCAUAAAAUGCCAUUCAUGAAAGAUUAUAUAAUAAAACAUUAAAAUGCCAAAAUAUUGACCAUUGUGAAUACUAAUGCAUGUGAAUCAGAGCUCAUGUUUUUUAAAAACAGCUAAAUGUCCACUGUUAAGAUUUUAUCCUUGGAUCUCAAUUACUAACAUCUUUAGUCUUCUUUUAGGCCCAGAUUCAGUCUUGUAAAUGGUUUCUGUUUAAAAAAAAAGUAUCGAAAUAUAAAUAAUUGUGAAAUGAACAUAUUUGAACAUAUGAUUUAUAUACAGCAUUUUACUCAAUGUUUUAAAAGAAUUUUAUAGCAAAAUCAAAAUAAGACAGAUUUGAAUCUCAAAUCUGAAAAUGCUGGUGAAUAUAAAUCUUGAAUAACUUGACUGUGACAUACAAUUAUCAUAUGUUGUAAAAAUGGUACCGUAUAUAUUUAUUGUCAUUUGUAAAAUCAGAAAGAAAAAAAGGAUCUAGUUUCCUUUGUAAUUCAUACUUUUAAAUGAUCAUGUAUGAAAAAUAAAUGUUUUCGUUACAAGUUUGUUGACAUCAUCUUUAUUUGUUUAGUAUUUGUGGAAUUACAAAGAAAGCUUGGUGCUUAAAUGUG